ACGUUUACUAGCUUUUUUAAACUUUUUUUGUAAGAAAAAAAAAAAUAAGCUUUUUUGAACUUCAUACGUUUUUAAUUUAUCUUUUUUAGCGGUGGGUUUCUUGCACAGUAUACACACUACUAAACGCUGUCGUCGUUCGGAGCCGAAAUACACCAACUUCUGCUUCUGCCGCGAUUUCCGAUUUUUCCACUCUCACUCUCCUCUUCUUUGCCACCAUGAAGCUCGUUAGGUUUCUCAUGAAGUUGAACAAUGAAACCGUUUCAAUCGAGCUCAAGAAUGGUACUAUUGUUCAUGGCACCAUUACAGGUGUUGAUAUCAGUAUGAAUACACAUCUGAAAACAGUUAAACUAACUUUAAAGGGGAAAAAUCCAGUUACUCUGGAUCAUCUCAGUGUUAGAGGCAACAACAUUCGUUAUUAUAUCCUUCCUGACAGCUUGAAUCUUGAAACUUUACUGGUUGAAGAGGCUCCUAGGGUCAAGCCUAAGAAGCCAACUGCCGGGAAGCCAUUGGGGCGAGGACGAGGGAGAGGACGUGGACGCGGUCGUGGUCGUGGCCGUUAAAUUAUGUAUCACAUAUUUUAUGGAUUUGGUUGUACCUUUGUUGUAGGGAAUUUUUCUGGACUGUUUGAAAGACAUCAGCAGAGUGUUAUUGUGAAUUAGUUGUGUGGAGUGUUAAUGAUGCUAUUUUCUUACAUAAGUGAUUUAUAGAUGUAGUUUAUAAUUCCUGCUGGAUAAUGCCGAAUACCAAUUAACUAAAAGAAGCCGCCUACAGGUGUAGUUUGUUGGAUAA